GUCCUCAUCUAUAAAUUAUCUGCGACACCUAUCUCUCUCCGUGCGUUUCAUCUCCCUCUUUAAAGCUUGGUUUGUCUACACAUUCCCUAUUUACUCAUGGCGAUCGCUUAUCCGCGUUUCGUAUGCACCGAGAAAUCUACCAUUGAGGAAGCUAUCAUGACUCCCUCCUCAUCGUCUUCGGUUCCUUCUCCCCCUCCACCACCUGUGUUUCUGACACAGGAAGAGUUGAAGCAAAUCGCUGCCUACAAAGCUGUUGAGUUUGUUGAGUCAGGGAUGGUUUUGGGGCUCGGUACCGGCUCGACGGCCAAGUAUGCUGUCCAGAGGAUAGGCGAGCUUCUGCACCAGGGGAAGCUCAAGAACAUCAUCGGGUUACCCACUUCGAAGAUAACCCAGGAACAAGCAUUGUCUUUGGGAAUUCCUCUUUCGGAUCUUGGUGAGCACCCGGUCGUUGAUCUUGCAAUCGACGGUGCCGAUGAGGUUGAUCCUUAUCUCAAUCUCGUUAAGGGCCGAGGUGGGUCCCUUCUCAGGGAGAAAAUGAUCGAAGGGGCGUGCAGGAAGUUUGUAGUUGUUGUCGACGAAUCGAAGCUGGUCCCUUAUUUGGGCGGUAGUCGCCUCGCCAUGCCGGUGGAGAUUGUCCCGUUCUGCUGGAAGUUCACGACUGAGCGGUUGCAGAGGUUGUUUGAAGACUCUGGUUGUGUUGCAAAGCUCAGAACUUGCAAGGACAAUGAUGAGCCGUUCAUGACUGAUAAUGCGAAUUAUAUUGUGGACUUGUAUUUUGAGAAGGAUAUUGGGGAUCUAAAUGCUGCUAGUGAUUCGAUUUUGCGAUUUCCGGGCGUUGUUGAGCAUGGAAUGUUUCUCAACAUGGCCACCACUGUCAUUGUUGCUGGCGAGCUUGGAGUCACAGUGAAGAACAAGUAGGCUUGGAAGAUGAUUAUUCUCAAUGUAGUUUUACUGAUCAUGCUUUAGGCAGUGGCUAACCUAUAUAUUGUUGGCAAAUUGAUCAUUUUUGCUUGUUGUUGGUCCU